UCGCUUUCAAUUACCUCGAUAUUUACUAUUCUUUUCUUUGGAGAAAACAACCUCUCGGAUUUCCGCCACCUCGUCUAACCCGAACAGUUCCACAUACUAAAUUCUCUGGUUAAGUGUAUUUGCCGUUCUGGCCAAACACACUGUGAAAGCAUUAAAUUAGCUUUGUUUGAAGAAGAACCAGCUGUGAUGUUUGAGGGGGGCAGCAUAUAAAUUUGACUAAUCACAUGACGAAAUGGGACACAACUCCCACGCCAAAAAAUGGGGUGCUCAAUGUUUGAACUGCUGGAAGUUGUGUGCGAUUAAUUUGAGUCAAACUGUGAAAAGUUCAAUUAAAUGCAUCUAGACGACCUUCAUCGCGAAAGAAAACCGUUGAUUGGAUCUUCAACGAAUCAACUAACCGUGCAAGAAAAGUGAUCAAAGCACAAUUGCGAUUGUUGAGUAAUUUUAACAAUAUAAAAACCGCCCAAAAUCACCUGCUAAGUCAUCAGUCACUAGCGAUCAUCUCACCAGCUUAGUUCAGUCCCGAAAAUCAAUCGAGCUUACAUAGACAUGAAGGUAAGUCUGAAGACCAUAUCGUAACUUCGUCCUAUAACGUCCCCGAAUCUCAACAGGCAUUCGUAGUGUUGUCCAUGGCCCUGGCCAUCGCUUCCAGCGCGGCAGUCGACUCCUCCAAGAAGGACAAACGUGGCCUGUGGGAGUUGGACGAUCAUCAUGACUUCGGUUUCAACGAUCAUCACCACGGAGAAGUGGUCGACGUGCACCACAAGGAGAUCAUCACCAAGAACGUCCACGUGCCGUACCCGGUGGAGGUCGAGAAGCACGUGCCAUAUCCGGUGAACGUCCCCUACCCGGUUGAGGUCGUCAAGAAGGUCCCCGUGGUGGUGGAGAAGAAAGUUCCGGUCUACGUCGAGAAGAAGGUGCCGGUUCACGUUGAUCGCCCAGUUCCGUACCCGGUUGAGGUGAAGGUCCCCGUUGUCCAGAAGGAGUACGUCGAAGUGCCCAAGCCGUACGCAGUUCAUGUCGAGAAGCCCGUCCCUGUGUACGUGAAGAAGCCGGUUUACAUCGAGAAGCACGUUCCGGUGACCGUCCACAUCAAGGAGGUCCACCAGAAGAAGCACUGGGGACUGUUCUGAAGAAGAGUUGACUGAUUAGUUGUAGGUCGUUAAUCCAUAUUGUUGAGGAAUUUUGCCAACUUUAAA